AGGACUGACAGACAACAGGAAGGAAGUGAGGAAGGAAGGAAGUAGGGCCCAGGAUGACGAGCGCGGCCCCGGCCAGGAAGCCGUACCGCAAGGCUCCGCCGCAGCACCGUGAGACGCGCCACGGCCUGCCCGUUGCCCCGCCCCCGCCUGCUCCACAGCACGACAUCAAUCAGGUAAACAAACACACCUUAAACACACCUCCACUCCGCCCACAGCAUCCACCAACCGGCGCCUCCAAACAGCCGCAGAGCGCUGGGUCACGCCAUGGCGCUCCGACCUCGGCACUCCCGCACUCGGAUAGCGAGCUGGACGUCUCCAGUCUGUCCAGCUUGGAGCUUUGCAUCGCGCCGCCACCGCCGCUCUUCAGUACCCAACGGCCCAACCGCACCAGAACCACAGCGGUGGGCGUCACCACAAGUCCUCGCCAUGCGCCAAGUCACGCCAUCAGCCGUGGCAACGAGGGUUUCCCACCACAUCAAAGCCCAGCAGCAGCAAGGAAACACUCACCUGCCCGUGGCCUCAGAGGGGAGCGUUACACUCAGAGCCACCGUCAGCCGUCCGCCGCCCCUCCGAAGGGCAUCCUGAAGCAGCCCGCCUCGCUGGGGGUGGAGCACGCCUGUGACAUCAUCAGGAAGUCAAAGUCAGUGGAGCUGCUGGAUGACAGCAGGGGGCGGAGCAGCUCUGCCCGCCAUCCGCCCACUCGCUCUUUGGACCGGACGGAGCAGCGGGUGCCGGCCUCGCGGCGGUCCUCGGACCCACCCUCCCCCUGUAGGACCAACUGGAACUGGAAGAUGCAGGUUCUGGAGGAGAAGGUCCGCUUCUCUAACUUCCUGGAUGAGAUCACCUCUCGGGUUAUGAGCCCCGCCCACCUUACGCUGCUUGGCAGGACGUCCUCCACAGAGCAGGGGAGCCCUGCCCCCCGGCGCCACCGCCGCUCCGCCCCCAGGAAGCAGCAGCGAACAGAGGGG